AUGAAGAUACUAACAGAGACAGUGGAUGUACAGCUGAAGCUGCUGCGUCGACUGCAGCAACGACUGCAGCAGCAGCAGCUGCAGCAGCUGCAUCAGCAGCAACCAUCUGUACAGCAGCAGCAGCAGGAUGCAGCAGAUGAAGAGGUGCGGCUAACAAGCAUGCCGCUGCAGGUCAAGGUAUGCGAGGUGUUGCUGAGUGCUGCAGCAGAAGCUUUUGCUGCUCUAACUGAAGCAACACCAGAAGUAUUAGAUAUGAAUGAGAUGAGACAGGCAAUAAGUAUAAUGUUCCCGCAGAAUGAAUUACCCCCAGCAGAGUUGCAGUGUACAUACACCUCAGAGACAGCUGCAUUAGAUAAACGUUUAUUAAUAUUCCUCAGAGAUAUUAUCUCUUCUUCUCGUUCUUGUCUUAUUGAUAUAGCCGAAGCAGCAGAAGGGGAGUUGCUGCAGCUGCCUUUGGGUUUAUUUAGGGGGCUAGAGGUUCGCUUUGCUGAUAUAGAUGCUGUCUUUGUUGCUGCAUGCAAGAAGCUGCUCUACUGCAACCCACCGCCAUCGCAGCAAGCUGUAUGCAUGCGGCUCAGUCUCGGGCAGCAGGUCCGCUGCAGCAGCCAGAUGAGAGACAUAGACGAUGGGAGAGAAGCACAGGCUGCGCUGCAGCGGGCUCUCAAGGCCGAUGGUUCGCUGGGGGCAGCAGCAGGCAGAGGCAGGGGUAGGGGGCGGGGUGGUUAUGGGGGCAGGGGAGGUGCUGCUGCAGCAAGGGCUCAAGCAGCAGCAGCAGCAGCUGCUGCUGCUGCUGCGGCUGCUGCUGCUGCUACACCUGCAACUGGAAACCUACCCACAGCCGCAGCUCCGACAGCUCCUGCUGCUCCCGCUGCUGCACCUGCUGCUGCUGCUGCUGCUGCUGCUGCCACCGCACGAGGCGCCAGCAGACAGCAACGCAGAGCAGCACGCAGCCAGAGGAUGGGGGGGGAGUACUUUGAGGGGCACAUAUCAGAUGGAGACCAAAUACGCAUCACUGAAGACUCGUCGCAGCAGCAGCAGCAACAGCAGCAGCAACAGCAACAGCUGCAGCAGCAGCAGCAGGUGCAACAGCAGCAACAGCAGCAACCAACAGCAAGCGCAGCAGCAACAGAUCCACCAGCAGCAGCUCUUCUCAAACAACAGCGCCUGCCGCAGCAACAGCAAGCGCAGCAGCAACAGAUCCACCAGCAGCAGCUCUUGCAGCAGCAACUGCAACAGCAGCAGCUGCAGCAACAGCAGCGGCAGAUACAGCAGCAGCAAGCUCAGCUGCAGCAGCUGCGGCAACCCCAGGUGCAAAAUAGCCAGCAGCUGCAGCAGCAGGCACAGCAGCAACAUCUGCGACAGCCCCAGCUGCAGCAGCAGCUCCAGCAGCAGGCGCAGCAACUGCAGCAACAGGCACAGCAGCAGCAGCUGCGCCAGCCGCAGCUGCAAGCACAGCAGCUGCAGCAACAGGCGCAGCAACUGCAGCAACAGCUGCAGCAGCAACAGCAACUACGAAACGUGCCACCCCAGUUGCAGCAGCAGCUGCAGCAGCAGCAGCAGCUACAGCAGCACCUGCAGCAGCAAGUUCAGCAACAUCAGUUGCAGGUGCAGCAGCUGCAACAGCCUCAACUGCAACAACAACUGCAGCAGCAGCAGCUCCAACAACAACAGCUGCAGCAGCAUCAGUUGCAGCAGCAGCUGCUUCAGCAACAGCUGCAGCGGCAGCAGCAGCUGCAGCAGCAGCAGCGGCAGCAGCCGCUCGCAACACCCCAGUUGCAUCAACAGUUGUUGCUGCAGCAGCGGCAGCAGCAACUGCUGUUGCAGCAGCGGCCAGUUGGCGCAGCAGCUCAGCUGCAGCAGCAGCAGCUGCAGCUGCAGCGCCAUUUGCUGCAGCAGCAGCUACUGCAGCACCAACAGAUGCUACAGCAGCAACAGCAGCAGCUUCUGCAGCAGCAGCUGCAGCAAGGAACAGCAGACAAGCGCAGCGCUGCCUGGGCGUCUCCAGGAGAGCAGCAGCAAAAGAAGCAGAAAGGGGAGGGCGAGGGAAACAUCAGCAGCAGCAGCAGCAGCAGCAGCGGCGCACCAGCUGAGGCUCAGGAGGUGCAGCAGCAGUAA